UAGGAUUGAAAAAGAAGAGAAUAAUGAGGAUGUUGAAAUGUGGAAAAAAAGGCAGAAAAAAAAGCUUUGAAAGAGCAGAAAGGGGAGGGAGUGUGAAAAGGCAUUUUGCAACACAACACGCAUGUAGUCAGAAAAUAAAGCAAGACCCUUUUUCAUGUUUAAGGACAUAGAUUUGUAGAGAGAGGUUACAAAAUAUCAUUGGAUCCACACUCACUUCACACCAUUCUCUUCUUCUUGCUUUUACCUCUCAACUUGAAACUACACAAAUCCAUGCCUUUUCUCUGAUCUUCUUUUCUUCUCUCUCUCUCUCUCUCUCUCCGGCAAUGGGUGGUCGCUGCUCCAAGUUUUCAGGAUGCUGGUGGCAAUCCAAUCUCAAGACCUCUGUUCUUGAAUCUUCGGAUCUGGAAAAUGGAGAUAAGAAUGACAAGAACUCACUUCCAAGCUUCUGUGAGUUUAGCUUGGACGAGCUCAAGUUCGCUACAAAUGGGUUUUCGCCGGAGAACAUUGUGUCUGAGCAUGGAGAAAAAGCUCCCAAUGUUGUUUACAAGGGUAAACUUGAAAAUGGUCGUUGGAUUGCUGUUAAGAGGUUUCAUAAGUCAGCUUGGCCUGAUUCUCGUCAAUUCAUGGAGGAAUCGAAAGCUGUGGGGAAUCUGAGGAGUGAAAGAUUAGCAAAUCUGAUUGGUUGUUGUUAUGAAGCAGAUGAGAGAUUGCUCAUUGCUGAGUUUAUGCCUAAUGAAACUCUUGCCAGACAUCUCUUUCACUGGGAAUCCCAGCCAAUGAAAUGGGCAAUGAGGUUAAGGGUUGCUUUCUUUCUGUCACAAGCUUUGGAAUAUUGCAGCAGUAAAGGAAGAACAUUGUAUCAUGAUUUGAAUGCUUACAGAGUUUUGUUUGAUCAGGAUGGAAAUCCCAGGCUUUCAUGCUUUGGGCUGAUGAAGAAUAGCAGGGAUGGGAAGAGUUAUAGCACAAACUUGGCUUUCACCCCUCCUGAGUAUUUGAGAACAGGAAGAGUGACAGCGGAAAGUGUGGUGUACAGCUUCGGAACUCUUGUAUUAGAUCUUUUGAGUGGAAAACAUAUUCCUCCAAGCCAUGCUCUUGACCUGAUUAGGGGCAAGAAUUUCCUAAUGCUGAUGGAUUCUUGUUUGGAAGGUCAAUUCACAAACGAUGAAGGAACAGAGUUAGUACGGUUAGCCUCACGUUGUUUGCAAUAUGAAGCUCGUGAGAGGCCUAAUACAAAGUCACUUGUUACUUCUCUUACGUCUCUCCAGAAAGAGACCGAGAUUCCAUCCUAUGUUUUAAUGGGUAUUAUUACAACAAACGGAUCUACAUCAUCCUCAAAGCAACAGGAGCAGGAGCAAGAUCAGGAACAACCUUCGUUGACGCCAUUUGGUGAAGCUUGCUUGAGAAAGGAUCUAACUUCCAUACAUCAAAUAUUAGACAAAGUUGGAUACAAAGAUGAUCAAGGAAUUGCUAAUGAACUUUCCUUCCAGUUAUGGACAAAUCAAAUGCAGGAAACCUUAAAUUCUAAGAAACAAGGCGACACUGCUUUUCGCUCCAAGGAUUUUGUAACCGCUAUUGAUUGUUACACCCAGUUCAUAGAUGGGGGAACAAUGGUGUCUCCAACUGUUUACGCAAGGCGGUGUUUGUCUUACUUGAUGAGUGAUAUGGCACAAGAAGCUCUCGGCGAUGCAAUGCAAGCACAGGUGAUCUCUCCAGAAUGGCCAACCGUGUUCUAUCUUCAGGCAGCAGCACUCUUCAGCCUUGGGAUGGAGACAGAUGCUCAGGAAUCGCUGAAAGAUGCAACCAACUUAGAUGCUAAAAGAAAUAAGAAUUGAGUUUAUUUUGUACAGAUUUAUGUUAUUUUAAGGUUCGGAUGAUGUUAUGUUUUUUAUUAUUGUAUGUAUUUCAUUCCAGUUUGUUACACUUUGGCUUUUAGCCCAGUUUGAUUCCUUUUGUGUUAAAGAUCUUGACAUUAUAACAUAUAUAUGUUUACUGGCUA